AUGCUGCAAAGAGCCCAGGUAAAAUCAACUGUCACUGAUCUUGGCCAAAGUCACCUGUCCGCGGUUGCCAUACCCAAUGUUUUGCCCACAACUUUUGCCCUGACACUAAAUGAGGGCUCAUCUCCAAUGAGCAUGGAUUUUCAUCCCACUUGGCGGACUCUUCUUCUAUUAACUAGUUUUUAUAGUUCACUCAUGAAUCCUGCUAAUGUGAUUCUUCAGUCGGAACCUGGGGGUGUUGGAGACAUAGGACUAUGGGAUGUUAGUUCAGGGAAAAAGUUGCUUUCAAGAAAUUUUAGAGUCUGGAAUCUUGAUGCAGGCCCAAUGGCCUUAAAGGUGCAUCUGCUUCUGGAUUACGUACUACUCUCUCAACCUUACUGA